GGAGAAGGGGGAGGAGGAGGAGGGUGCUCGCCGUCCUACCCCCGGCCCCGGCUCGCUCCCGGUGCUCCCUCCCUUCCGAGCCGCCGCGCACAACCCCGGCAGCGGCCGCUGCCCGCCCGCCUCUUCCCGGCUCCUCCUUCCCCCCCGCCCCGGGGCCAGCCGGGGCCGCCUUCCCGCGGCGGCGAGGGGAGGGAGAAGAUGGCGGCGGCCGCUGGCUGGGCCCUGCUGGGCCUGGCGCUCUGGCUGUGCGCGGCAGCCGGGGCCGGCGAGACGGAGGGGAAGCGGCGAGCGGGGCCGGCCAAGAAGAAGGACAUUCGGGACUACAACGACGCGGACAUGGCUCGGCUGCUGGAGCAGUGGGAGAAAGAUGAUGACAUUGAAGAGGGAGAUCUUCCCGAACACAAGAGGCCUCCAGCACCAAUAGAUUUCUCAAAAAUUGAUCCAGGCAAGCCUGAAAGUAUCCUGAAGCUGACAAAAAAGGGGAAGACUUUGAUGAUGUUUGUCACGGUGUCGGGAAAUCCUACAGAAAAGGAAACAGAAGAAAUUACUAGCUUGUGGCAGGGCAGUCUCUUCAAUGCAAACUAUGAUGUGCAAAGGUUUAUUGUUGGCUCAAAUCGUGCCAUUUUUAUGCUACGUGAUGGUGGAUAUGCCUGGGAGAUCAAAGACUUUCUGAUAAAUCAAGAAAGGUGUGCGGAUGUUACUCUGGAAGGUCAGGUUUAUCCUGGCAAAGGAGCGGAAGAAAGUGAGAAAGUAAAAAACAAAACAAAACCUGAAAAAGCAAAGAAGAAAAAAGAUGUAGACAAGAAAUCUAAUAGUGUCAAAGAGGACAACCGAGCAACCAAACAGAAAGAGGAUCUAUGAUGGAUGCAUUAACCAGAC